AUGCCAAAAUACUACUGUGAUUAUUGUGAUACUUUCCUAACACACGAUUCGCCUUCUGUGCGGAAGACGCAUAACGGUGGAAGGAAACAUAAGGAAAAUGUCCGUAUGUUCUACCAGAAGUGGAUGGAAGAGCAAGCUCAGAAACUUGUUGAUGCUACAACGAAAGCUUUUACACAAGGUCGCAUGGGUGCGGGUUUAGCACCUGGUGCUCCUAGAUUACCAAUGGGCAUGCCAACUCCGCGGGGCCCUCCGGUCGUGCCGCCAAUAUCUGGUCUCCCUAUUCGAGGUUCUAUGCCUUUCCCGUAUCCUCCUAUGGGAAUGGGCCCUCCAGCAAUGAUGAUGAGACCACCAUUUAUGAUGCCACCUGCCCCUAGGAUGGGAGUGCCACGAUAA